AUGCCCAGAAGUUUCGUCAUAAAACUAACCCGGUCCUCCGUCGCCUUUCGACACGCUACGCGGAAUUACACCCAAAAUACACACAAUAGUCCACUCUACGCUCUGCCAUACGAGAUUAUCCAGCACAUCGGCAAGUUUCUAGGCUAUGCGGACCGUUUCUGCUUCGCAUUAACAAGCUUUAAAUAUGUUGAUGCCCUUCUCGCCAUUUGCAAGCCACAAGCGGCCAAGCAAUCGCACAUCAAAGACAUCAGGGCCAGAAUAAGAAGAGACCUCUUUUACGGUCACCACUGUUGUUCCUCUGCCCGUAUUGGACGCAGACUUGGUAUGAUGUACUGUGUAGGAUGCAAUUCACCGCAUGCGUCGUUUCGAUUCCCAGAAGAUACAGUAGCACAACCACUACACUUGCGCAGAUGUUUCCGAGCAACUGACGGUCCCUUCUUCAUGUGUCAGCACAACGAGUUUACCUUCUUAGAAAUGUCUCGCAUGUUGCAAAAAAAUGCGAGAAAAGGCCGUCAAAACAAGUUUGGCGACUUUUUCCAUUGCAUCGAGUGCUACGAGCUUCCGUAUCAAAGACGCCGUCCAGGUCGAUGUUUACAUCCUCCCACACUAUCUCUGGCUCACCAAACGCAUGUAGUCACUCUUCGAUCAAGGUUUCUGCUUCUGACAGUACCCUGGACUGUGCCAGUCUCGGUUCAGCAGACGAAAGAAGCACUGGCUCUCCUCAACCUCAAGAUCUGUCCCCACAUGACUGCUUGCGAUGCAGAAGUAAUCGAGGGUAUAGUGGGGGACCAUCAGGACAUCAUAAUGGAUGGUCGCUUUUCAAAGCGCAUUAGUAUUGACUGCGACACUUGCCAAACAACUUUCAGUAUCAAGAGAAGGGUUCCGUUCCACGAGGUUGUGGUGGAAGUUGAAAGAAGGCUAGGCCAGGUCAAACGGGAGGCCGAUCCAAUCUGGAGGGCCCAUCUACCAAGCAGGAAAGCCGGUACUUCUUGA